AGCAUUUGUACCCCCUUUAUUAACUGAUAACAAAUUUAUCUUUGCUUUAGAAAAUUUUUUCUUCCAACUCCAAAUUCCAAAAACAUGUUCAAAGCCAAGAUACGUGACAUCGGAUACUUUGUGCUGCUGACAUCACUGCACUUGUGCUCAGAUCUUCAGCCCGUUGUCGAGGCACAUGCCAAUAUCAAAACGGUUUAUCCCUCAGUGGACCGUAACCUAACGCUCCAACUGGGCUAUAUCUACAAUCACUGGAUGUUUGUGAAAGCGUUGAUGUAUUCCCUGCUGGUUAUGAUCGGACUUUGGUACAUUCGACACUUACAAAGUACCGAGCGGCAGGAAUCGGAGGAAAAAAAGGGCAUCCUGAAGGUAUCGGAACCAAAAACAGCCGCCGAGGUUAAAAAUAAUUGGAUAGCCAGAAAUAAACAAGAUUCAGCAACGCGAUUGGCACCCUUUUCGUGGAAUAAAUUCAGUCUAUUUGCGCUGCCCUGGAUAUUGACUUUUGUGGCCAGCGGAUUGAUCAACUAUAUCCGACUAUAUAUGGUGAUUCAGCAUUUCUGCAUUUCGAACUGGAGGGCCACUCAACUUUAUGGACAACUGCAGGUGCUCUUUUGGCGCCGCCUUUUGGCAGUGGCUUCGGUACCCUAUUGGCCGCAAAUAAUUGGGGGAGGAGUAUCCUUGGAGGAGACUUCCAACCUGCCCGGAAAUGUCAUCAACAUUGAAACACAUCUGCUGGACUGAACGUGGAACUUUUGAUAAACCUUUUGUAAUUUUGUUGGAAGCCUAAAUUAUAGAAUUAGAAAAAAUUAAAAUUA